AUGCCACCGCGGACGUCCGGCUGGACGGAGGCCGGGGCCCCUGGAUACUCUCACCGUUCGUACCGGUCCCCCGAUGGCCGCUUCACGUUCAGCACUACCACGAUUGGUGGCAGUUACUCGUCGCGCCAUGAGGGCCAGCUAGACCAGCUGCCAGCGGUGAUGCAGAGCAUCGGUGCUUUAUUUCAAGGCCUUUCGGGAACGUAUGAUCAUCACCAGACGCAGCGGGGCCCAGGGAUGGAAAUGCCCCCUCACUCUCAUGCAGCGGGCAUGCGAGAGCCGGAUGUCAUGCAUGAUCGAUUCCAAGCUCAUCACGAACGUGCCAGACGCCACGAAGAGUAUUUCUUCCGCGACCCAGAUGGUCCGCAGCAUAUGGAAUCUCCUGGGCCAAACCUAGUCGACUUUCUCGAGGCCCUCCGAGGAAAUCCCAGAAUUGCCACCAGGGAGGGCGCAGCCAACCCUUUCGCAAUGCUCUCAGCUCUAAUGAACGUGGACCGCAAUGGCGAUGCUGUGUACUCCCAGGAAGAGCUCGAUCGGGUGAUAUCGCAAUUGAUCGACCAUACCCAACAAGGCACGGCUCCACCACCGGCUACUGAUACUGCAAUUCGCUCGCUACCCACGAAGAAAAUGACUCGGGAGAUGAUGGGAUCGGACGGUACGGCGGAGUGCUCGAUUUGCAUGGAUCCCGUGGAACUCAAUACCGAGGUGACUGUCCUGCCUUGCACUCACUGGUUCCAUUUCGACUGCAUCAAAGCGUGGCUGAACCAGCACAACACUUGUCCACACUGCCGACGGAGCAUCGAUGCGACUGGCGUCACAAGCCCCGGCGAAGGCACCAGCGAGAACCCGGUCAUUAUCCCAGACAGUCCCGAAUCAUCUUCAUCCCCGAGACUACGUCGUCGCUCAUCUCCAAUCACCUCGCGAAGCAUCCGUAGCGCUCGGUCUUCCAUGUCGAGAUCCAGUCGCACUUCACCUUCCCCGGAGAUGGGUGAGUCCGGCACACGACGGGGAAGUAGCGGCGAAAGCUCUCGUGGAGGAAUAACGGGCUGGGUCUGGAGCCGGUUUGGUGGUGGCAGCAGCUGA